ACUUCAGUGUGGCUGUGGCUCUCUCAAAUAGUAUUAAGGUUGACUAGUGCCUUUUCCGAUAUGGAUUCAACAGCCACAAAAGACUCAGAGAAGACUUGUGUCUUGUGUUGCCAGGACAUCGAGAUCUUCGCCUUGGGAAAAUGUGAUCACCCGGUUUGCUACCGUUGUUCCACGAAGAUGAGGGUGCUGUGCGACCAGAAAUACUGCGCCGUCUGCCGGGAAGAGCUUGACAAGGUGGUGUUUGUGAAAAAGCUGGAGGCCUUUCAGUCUCUGCCCUAUCAGCAGUUUCCAUGUGAGAAGAAGCAUGACAUCUAUUUCAGCGGCGAGAAGAUCUAUGCUCAGUACAGGCAUUUGCUGUUAUCAGAAUGUGUUCGCUGUCCAGAGCCUAAGGUUUUCUCCAGGUUUGAGGAGCUUGAGCAGCACAUGAGGAAGCAGCACGAACUCUUCUGUUGCAAACUCUGCUCAAAACAUCUUAAGAUCUUCUCCCAUGAACGGAAGUGGUAUAACCGUAAGGAACUGGCACGUCACAGAGCACAUGGAGACCCGGAUGACACGAGUCACAGAGGACACCCGCUCUGCAAGUUCUGCGAUGACCGUUACCUCGAUAACGAUGAGCUCCUGAAGCACUUACGCAGGGACCACUACUUCUGCCAUUUCUGUGACGCUGACGGUUCUCAGGAAUAUUACAGUGAUUACAAAUAUCUAAGCGAGCACUUCAGAGAGAGCCACUAUCUGUGCGAGGAAGGCCGCUGCGCCACUGAACAGUUCACCCACGCAUUCCGUUCAGAGAUUGACUACAAAGCCCACAAGGCUGCAGCGCACAGCAAAAACAGAGCGGAGGCUCGGCAGAACCGUCACAUCGACCUGCAGUUUAACUAUGCCCCGAGACAACAGAGGAGGAAUGAAGGUCUGGUGUCAGGAGAGGACUAUGAGGAGCUCCGUGGCAAUCGAGGAGGAAGAGGAAGGCCUCAGGGGGGACAGAAGAGCUGGAGGUACUCCCGAGAAAGAGAGGAAGAGGACAGGCAGGUGGAAGCUGCUUUAAGGGCUUCCAUGGCCGUGCGUGGACAGGCGGAAAGGGCUGCGAUGCAGGAGAGGAGCGCUCCCAAACACAGCAGGGAGGAGAGGAUGGAAAGAACAGAGCCAGAAGAGCCCAGACACCAAAUGGGACAACUCAAAACAGUUAGCAAACCUCCAGUGAGAACAAUGAAGAGCAAAAAUCCAGGGGAUGAAGAUGACUUUCCAGCUUUAGGAGCCACAGCUGUGACACCCAUUGUAAAGCCAGCUCCUGUGGCGUCCACAGCGUCUCUGAAGGAAGACGACUUCCCCAGUCUCUCAACCGCUGCAGUUACAGCCCCAAUGACCCCGGCUUAUUCCACCCAGCCGAAGAAGACCUCGUCUUUUCAAGAAGAGGAUUUCCCUGCGCUCGUCUCCCGAGUCCGACCCCUCAAACCUGCAGCAGGCACCAGCUCUGCAUGGUCCAGUCACACUGCUGUAGCUAAGCCCACCACUCACCCCCCUCCUUCCUCCAGACCUCCUCCUCCUCAUUCAACAGCAUCCGCUGGCCCUCAGCCCCUCUCUUCUUCAAACCCAUCAUCCUCCCGCAGGAAGAAGAAAGUUGGGGAGAAUGGGAAAGCAUCAUCCCGUCUCUCUCCAUCUCUUUCUGAUGAUGAGAGCGGAGGAAUGACGCAGCAGGAGUUCCGCUCGGUGCCCACCAUGUUGGAUAUCUCCUCCCUGCUCACUGUUAAAGGGGGCAACAGCAAACCCUCGACCAUACCCUCCACCUCUACAAAUCCAACCCCCAGCACGGAUCUGCCCGGCUCUAAAGCCAAUAAGAAGAAAAAACAGAAGAACACAGCUACAAUUCCUGCGUCUGUGUCCGCGGCAUCAGGGAUGACGACGACUGUAAAUACAAUCUCAGUGGAAACAACGGCACAAAAGGAAAACGUCCCUGAGAAAUCUAGGAACAAACCACUUUCCAACGCUGUGACGGCAACAGUGGCGAGCGGAUUAGCAAAUGGCUUCACUGACGUAUCACCAGCUGUUGACAAAGACUCGCCAGUGGUAACCCCACCCCCCAGCAUAGACCCCGCCCCUGAACAAGAGGAAGAAUUCCCUGCUCUCAUGACCAAGAAACCACCACCAGGCUUCAAGACCUCUUUCCCGAUGAAGGCCUCGAGCCCUGCCCCAUCCACUGCAGUGCCCACACCUCCCCCUGGCCUGGGGGUCUCAGCCCCUAAGCCUCCACCAGGCUUCACUGGAAUCCCCCUCAAUAGCAACGUGGUGGAGCCAGCACCCUCUGCAGUCACCCUGCCACCCAAGGUGCCAAACAGUGGUUACUUGGUGCCAGACGACUUCCAGCAGAGAAACCUGGAGCUCAUCCAGUCCAUUAGAAAGUUCCUCCACUAUGAUGAGUCAAAGUUCAACCAGUUCAAAAACUACUCUGCCCAGUUUAGACAGAGUGUGAUAUCAGCAGCCCAGUAUCACUGCAGCUGUAAGGACCUGCUCGGAGAUGACUUUAAUCGCAUCUUCAGCGAGCUGCUGGUGCUCUUACCGGAUACCGGCAAGCAGCAGGAGCUCCUGACUGCCCACGGGGACUGCAAAGCUCUGGAGAAGCAGUCAGGUGCUGGAGGAGGAAAGAAGAAUAAAAACAAGAAGAAUGCUUGGCAGAUGCCUGCUACGAUGGCUAUCACGGCAGCUGAACUGGACUGCCAGGUGUGCCCCACUUGCAGACAGGUACUGGCCCCCAAAGACUUCAACUCCCACAAGACCCUGCACAUGAGGGGAAAUGAGGAAUUCCCUUCUUUGCAGUCAAUUAGCCGUAUCAUUAGUUAGCCCCCUUAAUCUUCCUCUUUUCUGUUUGCCAUUGUGGGGUAGAAUGGCAUUGCCCCUGAAGAUCUGUUUAAAGCCCUGCAGCAGCCAGCGUGGGGAAACAGCAGCCCGUCUCCUGUUUGACUGCAUCCCAGAGGAGCCUGAGGCCUGUCUCUCCUAAUGAAGGACAACAGGUUAUGGUGUGUUGACUCUCUGAUGAGGAUUAUAUUGAUUGGUUUGAGAAUGAUUUCACGGUUGAAAAAAGAAAUGCUCCAUCUUGACUCUUGUUUCAACUCGCAUCUUUUGAGGAUGCCUCCAGCUGGCACUCACACAGAUGGCAUCUAAUCAAAACCCCCAGUUCAAUGGGCGUGAAGAUGGCAUUACUCUGACAGAAAGUAAAAAUUAAACCUUUUUUUUUUUUUUACCUUUUUCUUUUAUUUCAACAGAAGAUUACCCGUUGUCUUGUUAACAUUGGAGUUGAUAAGGUAUGCAUAACUCCAGCGGUGCUGCUGUGUUGAAUAACAAAAUAAACAUGUUCAGUUCAUUUAUUUAAGUUUAGCUGUUUAAUUGCUUUUGUUGUUUCAUGCAGAGAAAUGCCUGUUAAUUAAUACCAUGCUGGGGGGUUGACAAAAAGUAAGCUGCUUCAGAAAUCAGAACAAAUGUUGGUUCAUGAUAUAUCCGUUCUCUCGUACAUUUCCAUUUGUUCUGUUCAAAUUACUCACCAGUAAAUUGGGUAUAUUUGUUGAACUGGGACAUCAGGGCUGUUGUGUUGCACAUGAUUUCAAAUGGAAGCUCAAAAUAAACAUUGAAAGAACUUG